CUUCUCUCUCCUGUUCUCUCCUUUCAUUCUUUUCUGGAGCUCCCUCGGUUUUGAAGUCGUCUACCCCACCAUUCGUUCACCAUGAAGCCCAGCAUGUCUCUAUUCUUGCUGCACGCCCCAGCCUGUGCACCUGAUGCUGGAUUCUCCGAGCUACCAAGGCCUGCCGACGAGGAGACAGCCGGUCCUUACGAUCUUGACUUGCUGUUGCACUCUCAUUCAACGGAGGAUUGUGAUCGUUGCGCCCGAAGGAAACGUCGGAGGUCCUUUGAUGCCUACCCUGCCCUACCACCACCUCCAGAAGUCUUUCACUGGUCACCACCGUCCCACCUGCGAGGGUGCAAGAGACUGGUUGCUACCAUUCUACAUUACACUUGUUGUGCUCGUCAGCGCAGGAGAUAUCAACUAAUAACACGUUUUCGUUAUCAUAAACAGAAGAAGCCCUUCUCCGCUAUCUCGGUCCAUGUCGAAAACCUGACCUCCGAAACGUACGAUGAAGAUGAUGUGGCCGGCGUCCCCGAUCUACUGGAAGUGGUGAAGCUGCAGAAUACCGGUCCGCAGGAAGUGGCUCGAGCGCUGAGAAAGAAGUUGAAGUAUGGCUCGGUACAUCGCCAACUCCGGGCCUUGACUAUCCUCGAUGGUAUUUUACAAAAUGGUGGAGCUAGAGUGCAGCGAGCCUUGCUUUCGGACGGACCAUUGCUGGAGCGUCUCAGAAUCGCUGCCGCCGACCCUACGUCGGAUCCCGAUGUUCGGGCAAAGUGCAAAGACAUGUUUGGCCAAUGGGUAGCCAGCUCAAAAGACAAUCCUGGGCUCGAAGGGGCCAAGUCGCUCUACAAUCAACUUCCGAAGACACAAAAGCCUGUUCAUCAGAGACGCGAGCAGAGUAGAGUCUUGCGAGAAACUGAAGAGGAAGUGCAACGCGAGCAGGAAAUGGAGAUGGCAAGGGCCAGAUCAGACAUGUCUCCCGUGGGAGAGCCCUCGAGUCCCACGAGGCUACGCAAGCAAAGUACGCCAGUUACUCUUGGACAAUCAUCAACAUUCGCUCUUAAAAAAGAUAAGAAAGACAAAAAGGGCAAGGUCAAAGGUUUCAAUCUGGAGCGUGAGAAGCCGAACAUUCUGCAAUCAAUUGCAGCAUCUUCAGUUGCCUCUACCGGCUUGACCAACGCAAUAAGACUGGUCAACCGUGAGAAUGAGCGGGUUUCUGACAACGCGGAAGUGAUGAAGCGGUUCGAGACAUGCAAGCAACUCCGACGACAAAUACUGCGGUACAUUCAGUUGGUGGAAACCGAGGAAUUUCUGGGAGGGCUGAUUCAUGCCAACGAAGAACUGGUCACUGCAUUGAUGGCAUACGAAGUCCUGGACAAGUCUAUUGAUGAUGACUCUGACAGCGGACUCGAAGAAGCGCAGCAUCUCAGCCGGCAAGCCGCUAAGAGUGAGCAAGCAGCGGCGCGAGAGGCGGAAAGGAUGGUCGCAGCUAUGAGCAUUUCUAACCCGCCCAAGCCUCCCAGACCCUCCCCAGGACACAUUGCCAUGCCGCCGUCACAGAACUCCAGGAAUUGGAGGGCUAAGCAGAUUGAGAGUGACAGCGAGAGUGAAGCGGAUGAGGAUGACCCUGACGAUCCAUUCGGUGACAAGAACGCAAUGAAGACGCCUGAUCCUGACUCGCUGGGGAGGAAGGGUUACAGUUGGCGAGAGGUAUAGUGGCCUAAUAUGAACGGUUAGAGCUGUAUUUUGAAUCAGCUUUCAGGCUUAUUUCUUGGACAUGAUGUCUCCGGCUGGAGAGGUACGCACGGUUAUGAUAUAAUGAAAUUGAUGAAUCCGACAAGCCACAGCUCGGCCAUUCAUUCCUUUGCAGAGCAGAUACGAGAACUGAGGACAGCUGACCAUUUGCGAAGCC